AUGGUUCAACAAUUCCAAACCCUGCUGGCAGCCGCAGGCAUCCUUUCCGCUGCAGCGGGUGCACAGGGCCAACAUCGACGCCGAUGCACGUUUGGUCAAGAUUGCUGGCCAGACGCACAGACAUGGAAUGACUUCAACGCCACCGUGGGUGGAAGGUUGAUUCGAUCUGUACCCUCCGCCGCCGUGUGCCAUACUGAGAGGUACAACGCCGAUCAAUGCGCCGACGCGAAGAAAAGCUGGCUGGACAGUUUUUGGCGAACGAACCAGACUGGUGCCUAUUCUGCUACUUUGUGGGAGAUGGGGCCGACGGGGCAGUGCUUUAUCAAUACUUCAACCAGUGCUCCUUGUGACCAGGGAAUAGUGCCAUAUUAUAUGGUUCGUGCCGAGUCCGUGGAGGACAUCCAGGCUUCUGUGAAGUUCGCUAGCGAGAAAGAUUUGUCGCUCGUCACGAAGAAUACGGGACAUGAUCAUCUUGGUCGGUCGAGCGGUAAAGGUUCGUUCGGAAUCUGGACGCACAACCUGAAGGGAAUCGAAUUCCACGAUUCCUUUACCGCGCAGGGCGCACCGACUGAGGCCAGUGGCAUUCCUGCUGUGACGUUGCAGGCCGGAGAGCAGUGGUUUGACGUGUACCAAGCUGCAGCCAAACAAGGAGUGCUCGUCGUUGGUGGAUCAGCGCGCACUGUAGGAGCAGCAGGAGGGUACCUACUUGGCGGAGGCCACUCACCAUUUGCGCAUUACUAUGGCCUCGCCGCUGAUAACCUCUUGGAGAUGAGCAUUGUUUCCGCCGAUGGCGAGCACCGAGUCAUCAAUGCUUACACGGAUCCUGAUUAUUUCUGGGCUGUCCGGGGCGGGGGCGGAAGUGCUUGGGGGAUUGUGACAUCCGUCACUUACAAAACUCACCCGGUCCCACAGAACCUCAUAUUUGGACUAGUUCAAUUGAACUCCACUAACGACUCGAGCUUGAAGCGUGUCGUUGCGGAAUCAAUCAAACUCCUACCCACGAUUACGGACGCGGGCUACACAGGAUAUGCGACCAUAGAGAAGGGCUUCGGCGCCAUCUUCAUGAAGCCCAAUAGCACCGUAGCAUCCUUCAAUGAAACGUUUGGCCCAGUUUUUAAACUAACGCAGCUUCCCGGUAUUGAGGGAGCUAUCACAGCGUACCCGUCGACCUGGGAUGGAUAUCUGAAGACUAUCCUUCGAGAUCCGAACAUCGGGACCAAUAUCCAAGACACAUCCCGAUUACUGACGACUGAGGUAAUUCGCGACAGGGCGGAAGAUUUGGCAGAAUUCAUCGUUGGGAGCCAGCAAGGAGCAGGGUUCAACUUUAUUGGUAAGGUCAACAAUGACGAGCGCGAUAAGACGGCCAUUCACGAGAUUUGGAAACGCAGCCACGGACUCUUGAGCAUAUCUGUGGACUGGGCAGAUACUGCGACAAGCCGCGAAAAGCAUGAGAAGCGACAACGGGCGGUCCAAAUGAGUGAACGCCUUACAGAGUUAGUCGGCACAGAGGGAGGCACGUAUAUAAACGAGGCUAAUCCGUACGAGCCUGAGUGGCAAAGCGUCUUCUGGGGAAAGAAGUACAAUCGGCUGCUCGCAAUCAAACGACGAGUUGAUCCUACAAAUUUGUUUGUAUGCAAUCGAUGUGUUGGGACAGAUGUGGUCUUGCAGCCCUAA